CACUGCAGAUCCAAGGUCGCCAAGUGAUGAUGUGAAGUCGCCCGCCAGUCCCUGCCACGCCCGGGCGGUUAGCUGCAGCGGCGGCAGCUGCGGCUGCUGCUCUCAGGCUACCGCAGCUUUAGGGGCUUCUUGAGCAAGCGCGGGCGGAGGAGCGAGUACGCCGGGCCAUUCCCGCCAUGACUGUACACGGGAUGAUAAUCACAUGAGAACACUUACAGCUGCAGAUGUCACGUGACUCAUUGUGGAAAAUCUGUCUUGAAGAAAAUAUACAUAUGCCCAUGUUCAUUUCUUUACUAAAUGGCUUAAUGGAUUUCCUUUACUCUGAUUGCUACCAAAGCUGCCCCUUUCGACCAAAGCAGGAAAGGAUUCUGCAUGAGUCAACCCCAGAAUGCCAUUUUCACAUCACCAACAGGUGAAGAAAACCUCAUGAAUAGCAAUCACAGAGACUCGGAGAGCAUCACUGAUGUCUGCUCCACCGAGGAUCUCCCUGAAGUGGAGCUGGUGAAUCUGCUGGAAGAGCAGCUGCCACAGUACAAGCUGAGAGUCGACUCUCUCUUUCUCUAUGAAAACCAGGACUGGACACAGUCUUCACACCAGCCCCAAGAUGCGCCUGAGACCCUCUCUCCUGUCCUUGCUGAAGAGACCUUCCGCUACAUGAUCCUAGGCACAGACAGAGUGGAACAGAUGACCAAAACCUACAAUGACAUCGACAUGGUUACACAUCUCCUGGCAGAGAGGGAUCGAGAUCUAGAGCUAGCUGCUCGCAUUGGGCAAGCUCUGCUAAAGCGGAAUCAUGUCUUAUCUGAGCAGAAUGAGGCCUUGGAGGAGCAGUUGGGACAAGCAUUUGAUCAAGUUAAUCAGCUGCAGCAUGAGCUAUCCAAGAAAGACGAACUGCUUCGAAUUGUUUCCAUCGCUUCUGAGGAGAGUGAAGCUGAUUCCAGCUGUUCCACACCUCUUCGGUUCAAUGAGUCCUUCAGCUUAUCUCAAGGUUUGCUACAACUGGACAUGCUGCAUGAAAAGCUCAGGGAACUGGAAGAAGAGAACAUGGCCCUUCGAUCCAAGGCUUGUCAUAUCAAGACAGAAACAUUUACUUAUGAAGAGAAGGAACAACAGCUGGUCAAUGACUGUGUUAAAGAACUUCGUGAGACCAACGCACAGAUGUCCAGAAUGACUGAAGAGCUGUCGGGGAAGAGCGAUGAGCUAAUUCGAUACCAAGAGGAAAUCUCUUCCCUGCUGUCUCAGAUUGUAGACCUUCAGCACAAGCUUAAAGAACAUGUCAUCGAGAAGGAAGAACUAAGACUUCACCUGCAGGCUUCCAAAGAUGCCCAGCGACAGCUGACGAUGGAGCUUCAUGACUUACAAGACAGAAACAUGGAGUGCCUGGGAAUGUUACAUGAGUCCCAAGAAGAAAUAAAAGAGCUUCGUAGCAAAUGUGGCCCUGCUGCUCACCUCUGCUUCUCCCAGUCUUACGGAGCUUUCACAGGGGAAUCGUUGGCAGCUGAGAUUGAAGGGACCAUGCGUAAAAAGCUGAGCUUGGAUGAGGAAUCUGUAUUUAAACAAAAGGCCCAGCAGAAACGGGUGUUUGAUACUGUCAAGGUUGCCAAUGAUACUCGAGGCCGCUCUGUUACCUUCCCAGCCCUGCUACCCAUCCCAGGUUCCAACCGUUCAAGUGUCAUCAUGACAGCAAAACCCUUUGAGUCUGGUGUCCAGCAAACAGAGGACAACACACUCCUGAACCAUAGGAGCAGCACCGAGGUUCCAGGGAACUCUCAGCCCACAAGCCAACAAGGACCCACUGAAGAUAGUGAUUUGGCUACGGCAUUGCAUCGCCUUAGCCUGCGAAGACAGAAUUACUUAAGUGAGAAACAGUUCUUUGCUGAAGAAUGGGAACGCAAGAUCCAGGUUCUGGCUGAGAAGGAAGGAGUUAGUAGCUGUGACACCCCCUCAGGGAACCUGGACUCAUUCUGCACUGACCAAUCGGAGACCACGGACCUUGGCAGUGCCAGCUGCCUUCGAGGCUUCAUGCCUGAAAAAUUACAGAUUGUCAAGCCCCUAGAAGGGUCACAGACUCUACAUCAUUGGCAGCAGCUUGCUCAACCAAACCUGGGAACCAUCCUUGACCCACGGCCAGGCGUCAUUACCAAAGGCUUCACCCAAAUGCCCACAGAGGUCGUCUAUCACAUCUCAGAUUUAGAGGAGGAUGAAGAAGAGGGAAUCACUUUUCAGGUUCAGCAGCCUCUUCAGGUGGAGCAGAAACCUGCAGCUCCCUCGCCAGUUACAGCGAUCUUCCUGCCACCCAUUAGCUCAACAGGUGGACCAGUUACAGUUGCGACUUCGAACCCAGGAAAGUGUCUGUCAUGCACGAACUCAACAUUCACCUUCACCACCUGUAGGAUCUUACACCCCUCUGACAUCACCCAGGUUACCCCUAGCUCCGGCUUCCCGUCCCUGUCCUGUGGAAGUAGUGGGAGCAGCUCCUCCAACACAGCUGUGAACUCUCCUGCCACAUCCUACAGACUCAGCAUUGGUGAAUCCAUCACAAACCGGCGCGACUCCACCAUAACGUUCAGUAGCACACGGAGUCUAGCCAAGCUUCUGCAAGAGCGAGGCAUCUCUGCUAAGGUGUACCACAGCCCUGCUUCAGAAAACCCCCUCCUGCAGCCUCGUCCCAAGGCCCUGGCCACCCCUUCCACACCACCAAAUUCCCCAUCGCAGUCUCCGUGCUCCUCUCCCUUGCCCUUUGAGCCCCGAGUCCAUGUCUCCGAGAAUUUUUUGGCUUCCCGACCAGCUGAAACAUUCCUGCAAGAAAUGUAUGGCUUGAGACCUUCAAGGGCCCCUCCUGAUGUUGGCCAGCUGAAGAUGAACUUGGUAGACAGACUAAAGAGACUGGGGAUAGCCAGAGUGGUCAAGACCCCUGAUCCCCAGGAGAGCGGGAAGAGCCGAGAGGCAGAAGUGGCUCUCCAAAAGCCAGACUCUGCCAUUUAUUUAAAUUCAAGUGGCAGUUUACUGGGUGGACUGAGGAGGAAUCAGAGUCUUCCGGUCAUGAUGGGCAGCUUUGGAGCCCCAGUUUGCACAACCUCACCCAAAAUGGGUAUCCUGAAGGAAGACUGAGGCUCAACACUGGCCUCAUGUAUAAGUUAGCACAUGAAGGAGAGAGAGAUGCACUGAGAAUGGGGACCUGUCUAAGGAGAGAGAAAGGAUGUUGCAGAAGGGUUGUGGAUGUGGAGAGUGUAGUGGAGGAAUGGAAACAUUUGGAUGAGGUCUUUGAUAAUGGAGUAUAGUAAAUGGAAAGUGGGAACAAGAGACAUGAGUAGGUUGGAGACAGAAACAGAAGAAAGGAUCAGUGUGCUCCUUCAGCUGAGUGUCCUUGCCUUGAAAAUAAAAGGGGAAUAGAAAAAUAAACCCACUCCUAUUGAAAUGUAACAGUAAUACUUAAGUGCUGGCCCCUUGGUCCCUAGAGAACAGAAGCAGGAAGAGGCUGCCUAGGAGGAAAGCCAGGAAAGGUGUGCUGUCCCUGCAGGAGGCUGCUCCAGAGGGUUGGUGCAGUGUGGUGUCUGUUACUGAGACUGUAGAUGCUUUCGCUGUUGUUGCCUGGUCAAAUUAUGCAUCCAGCAUCCAUCCAAUGGUACGUCACAGCAUUAGCAAAAUAAGGAGUUUUGUCUUGUCCCUUACUUCAAAAACGGAGACUUUCUCAUUUCAGAACUUUCAGGCACUGAGAACCCAAACAGCACCCAGAUUUCUUUGUAUUUAUGAUUACUAAAACUUCAGUUUUUGAAACUUGUAUUUUUGUACUACAUAACAAAAAAAAUUAAAAACGGUGAUGUGAAUGGGCUUGGGAGGGAUUUAAAGAAGGAAAACAGGGGAAUUUGGAAUCAAGGAAGUUUUUCAGGAUAUUUCUUCUGGAUAAUACAGUGGCCAAGGAAUGCAAACAUAAUUGCAUGUUUCUCAAGUUUCCUUGGAGGCCAGAAGGGUUUAAACCAGAAGUGCAAUCAGUAGGACUUAGAUUAUGUUGUAUAUUUAUAUAUAUAAAUUUUUAAAGAAAAGUUAGUUGUAAUUCACUUUUUCCAAAGUGUGCUAUGCAUAUUUUUAAUGAAAGAUGACAUGUAUUUGCACAAAAAUUCUCAGGCACAUUAAAUUAUAAACUGCAGUAAAACCCAGGUGCUUGCUUUGAGAGUGUGUUUUUGUUGGAUUUCAGUGUUUUCAUUGUGUAAAUUAAAAUAGCUGCCUAGCUCUUGGUAUCUGCAGAAGUGGAGAAGGACCUUGUGCAUGAGAGAGCUGAAGACAAGUGAGGCCUGAAAAGGGUCCCGGCAUCCGGCAGUGUGAUGCAGGCCUUGAGCUGGGGAGAAGAGCUCUGCUUUCUUAGGUGGCAGGCUGUGGCUCUGUCUCUGAGAGUUAUUCAAGAAAGUCACGAGCGGGAGAUGAGAGGGAGCUCCUUGUUUUGUUUGUGAAAUCAGGAAGUCUCUUACUUAGUCCUCUUGGUGCUUAACAUGUAAGUAUUUGUUGAGAGGAAUUCUUCAUUUCUGCAGGGAGUGGGACUUGCUUCCUUCUCUAUCUUGAGCCUCCUCCCCAAGAAGAGAUGCGCUCAAAGGGUUAAAAAAGAUCCUUGUGAUGGUAAAAACUAUGGAUUUUCUAUGUUUCUAGAAUCUUUAAUAAGACUUUUCUAAAUGAAUUUCUCAGAAACAACAGGUGGAAAGAAGAGGUCCCCUCCCAUUGCCACCCUUUGGUAGUCUAGCUGCUGUCAACAGAUCUGCACGCACACAUUUAUGAAGGGCUCUGGGUUAGCAAAGUGACCUUGUACAAAGCAGGCAUUAAAACAAGGAUUCCUGGUGUUUCGAGUUCCUAAAUAUCCUAAUUCACUUUUUUUAAGUAGCACUUGUUUCUCUAGUCUACAGAUAACUGGGCUCCUCCCUCAGCAAAAGCUUCAAACUCUAUCUUGGUUCCCGAAGAAAGGACUCUUCUGUUGUUUGGACAUUUACAGCUUCCAAAGAAGGAGCAGCAGGAAGUAGGGAAGCGCAAGCUGGGGGCGCUAUUAAAGUGUUAAGUACCCAGGUUUAUAAAUUCUCAUAAACCACUAUAAAUUAAGCUGGCUUUUGUGGAGUUCUGUGUGGAGAGUACUUCUGUACUUUUGUGUAGUCCGUGUCUAAGUGGUCACUAGAGGCAGGUGGUGUCUUUAGCACCAAAUGAGCACAUCUGGGUAAAGAAACGAGACGGGUUUUUGAAAAUUAAAUUGGUUUUCAUGUGUGGGAACCCAGUAAUUGUAGCCUGGUGCAUGCUUGUCUCUGCAAAUGAAUCCUGUCUUAAAGCUGGGUUUUGCUGAUUGUGAAGUUUUCACCUAAAAUUAUUUUUGGUACUGAUAAUCUGUUACAUCAGGCUAUCUGUAAAAUGUAGUAAGGACUGGAGCUUUCCAGCAAGUUCUUUCUCAAUGGAAUUAGUAUGCUGUGAUACUGUGCACAUUUUCGUUUUGUUUACAGUAUCAGCUGGUAUGUACUUUCAUGCUCCCAUGGGAAAACCCAAUGUGUCUCCUCCGUCAGGGUUUCCUGUGACUAUUUCUCAGGUACUUCUGAGUGCCCUGUUACCUAGUAGGAGAACCUCUUGAGCUCAGAAUUAAAUUGCCCUGAAUUUUGAAGAUCCCAAAUUUUAUGUAAAUAGCUUUAGGUUUAAAUCUUUAGAAGUUAAUGACCAUUGUUAAUUAAAUAGGUUUUGUUUUUUAGUUUUGUGCUUGCCCUUGGUCUGAUAUAAAUGAUCAGAUUCUGUCAGGGGAGGCCAUUAGAGAAGGCUCUAGCCUCUAUUGGAGGCACAUUUUACACAGUAUUCUAAGCUCCUAGUGUAUCAUUAGUAGCAGGUGGUUCUCACAUCUGAAACUAGGGCUGUUUGCGUCUGGGGCCACUUCUGCCGUCAGUUAUGUAGAGACCUAUGCUCGGAAUACACCUCAGGCAUGCACAGUGCCUCUCGAUAAUUCUGAGUGUGGCCCCAGGCAUGGCAUGGGGCCCUGGGGGCCCCAGGAAAAUACCGUUGCAUCAUAUCUGGAACUUGACUUUGUCAAAAAAAAAAAAAAAAAAAACACUUUUUAUGCACCUUUGUUUGCUUUAUCAAUUGUAACUCAGAUAAUAAACACAAAUAGCUUCUUAAA